AUGUCAUCCGGCGGCCCAACGUCACUCAACCCACCGAAGCGGCUGAAGCUGAAGGAGAACGAGAUGGUGGUGACGGUGCGCGACUUCCAGCCAGGGGCGCUCAAGCGCAAGCUCCCGCUCGGGAACUACGUCAGCGCGGACAACGUCCUGCCGGCGGUCGCCGUCCAGACAUUCGCCAAGCAGCUCGCCCACAUCGGUGCUGGCGCCGGGCCCGGCCGGAAGCGUUCCGGCAGCACCGAACCGCGAACCGGUGUAUCCGCGGUCGAGCGGCGUAACGCGCGCGAACGCAACCGCGUCCAGCAGGUAAACAAUGGGUUUGCGGCGUUGCGCCAGCGCAUCCCGGACGAGAUAGCGGAAGCGUUCGAGGCGGGCACAACGGCGCGCGGUGUCCACAAGAAGCUGAGCAAGGUGGAAACGCUCCGGAUGGCGGUGGAGUACAUCAAAAGCUUGGAGCGUCUGCUCGAACACUCCGGCACGGGUGGGGCGCGCAUGCCAACCUUCACCGACGACACGUCCGACACUCAACUACCCGCCACACCACCCCCGGAACCGGUAACGGGCCAGUCGGGUAACUUCUUUCUCGCAAUCAAACCACGCACCUCGAAGCUGGAAAGCGGCGGAACUGGCCUGGUGGCCGGUAAUGGCGUCGGUACCCUCGAUCAAACGCAGAUCACCAUCAUCAACGGGCAUCAGUACAUGCGCAUCCCGGGCACCAACACCUUCCAAUAUCUCGACCCGGAAAGUCUGCACGAUGAAGAUGACAGCUCCACCGAGCGAAUUGGAGCUCCACUGCCGGACGGCGAAGAGGAGGACACAUGCUCCAGCAGCGGUGAUCUACUGAGCGAGUCCGCCAUCGCACUGUCGCCGCAGAGCAACUUCACGCUCGAGCCGGACACGGACUCGAAGCGGGACGUGGACUCGCUCUACCACUCCAUCGUCUCGGACGGACCGGUGUUCGAUCAGCAGCAGUACGAUGAUCUGAUGCUGAUCAAGUCGGAACUGCAGGACGAGGCGGACCUGGCGGAGGACGCAUCCUUUCUCAGCUGGUUCGAGGCGAACCAGCAGUUGCAGCUCCAGCAGCAGCUGCAACACCACCUACAGCAACAGCUCCAAAGCGAGCAGAGCUUGCUGGACUGA